CGACAGAGAAGACGUAAUUGCAUUCCACGCAGCAUUUGAACAGCUAUGGCGGCUGAAGUUCAACCGUUGGCGCCUGUGAAGCUGCCAAUAGAACCAUCGGCUCUGACAAAGGAUCAGAAGUACUGGAAGUCGUUCACAAAUCAAGUCCUUCUGCCUUCGUCAAACUCAGCGCCCAUAACAUACAUCUCCUCUAACACAACCGCACGCAGCGCAGCCCUGCCCACCACGUCUGUAUCUUCGUACAUAGUGGUCACGACAGGACCACGAUUACAGCUGCUUUCGCCAUACACCCUGAAACCGUCUAAAACAAUCACCAGAACCACAUCGUCAUUUCACUCAGCUCACGUCCGAAGAGAUGGAAGAAUCUGUAUAUCAGGGAGCGAUUCGGGUAUUAUACAGGCCUUCGACACGAGUUCAAGAGCUAUUCUAAAAACAUGGAACGAGCACAAGCAACCGGUGUGGGUGACGAAGUGGCAUCCUACAGAGCUCACAGGUGCUAUGAGCUGCAGCGACGAUCGCACGGUCAGACUUUGGGAUCUCCCCUCAGAACGUAGCACAUGGCAGGGGCAUGGACACCAGGACUAUGUGCGAACGGGCACAUUUAUCGGAGACGGCAAGCUCAUUGCUUCAGGAAGUUACGAUCAAAGCAUACGAGUGUGGGAUCCUAGAGUUGGCAGCGGAGCGGAAGGCAGCCGAGGCGCGACAGUCAUGAAUUUCAAGCUACCAGCACCGGUGGAAUCAGUGAUAUCUCUGCCUGGUGGCACAACUCUGGUAGGAUCGAGUGGUGAGAGACUUGCAGUGCUAGAUCUGGUCGCAGGUCGUCCCCUUGGCCUCUUUGGAAAUCAUCAGAAAACAAUCACAUCCAUUGCGAUGGCAACCCGGGGAUCCAGGGUGCUUACAGGUGCUCUUGACGGCCAUGUAAAAGCUUGGGAUACGUCAUCAUGGACUGUGGUUGCGGGUAUGAAGUAUCCGUCACCAGUGCUUUCGCUUGACAUGAUUGUCGCUCCGAACCAAGAAGACCGUCAUUUGUGUGUCGGUAUGCAGUCGGGGGUUCUGAGCAUCAAAACGCGUCUCACGGGAGAGGCUAAAGCGGCGAAACGCGAAAAAGAAAAGGAAAUGGAAGCUUUAGUAGCUGGCAGGAUUGACGAAUACGAUGCAAAGCAGAAAAAGAAACGAGGUCGAGGGUGGGAGAAAGCCAAGCGCGGCAUGGAUUUCACCGGGGAGGGUGCCGACAUUAUAAUUGAAGGUGAUGAGAGGAAAAAGCCAAAGAAGCUAAACCGAUGGGAGAACGCUGCUCGAAUGGGUGACUAUCAGAACGCCCUCGAUCUUGUCCUUGACUCGGGCGACCAACAAGCCAUAUUUACCAUGCUCAGCCACAUGAUUCAUCGAUCGUCGCUUCGGCGUGCUUUGAGCGACCGCUCAGCGGAGCAAUUGCUUCCAAUUCUGAGCUGGCUCAACAAAACUAUCGGGGAUCCAAAAUAUAUUCGGAUCAAAGCUGACAUAGCCAUGCUCAUUUUGGACAUCUACGGGUCACAAAUGGGCAAAAGCGAGGCUGUGGAUGCCGCGAUUGAGAAACUUUUGAUGAAGACGAAGGAGGCAUGCGAGAUGAGCCAGAUGUGCUGGACUGCUUUGGGAAUGUUGGAUCUAAUUCAGACAGACGCUGCCAAAAAUGGGUGACGGAAGUUGGGACUGACCGUUUAAAAGCUGUUGAGGAAUGCACUGGGUAGAUAAAACCUUGAUGCUUCCUCCUUUGGGUAUGCCAUGUGCCUCGAAAGCCCCACAGAGCCUUCGAUAUUCGCAUGAAGCAUAGGGCCUUCGUCUUCGCCGGCCUUGAAAAACUGAUGCUCUACAGCUUCGAAAAGAAGGAUGCAUGAAGUUACUCGAACCAUUUCCAAAGGCAAAGAGUGCGCCGCUUUUGAAGAUAGGCGAAACUGUGCGCCGUGUGUGCUUCCCUGUCGCCGGAAGAUCGAACACACAAUAGAACACGAAGAAUCUAUGUAGAUUAUUCCAUCGAAUUUUUCGCUACAAAGAGGCGGUUUGGCUCCAGGGCCCAUGGUUUCCA